AUGGAGCCUGAAGAUGCUGAAUACCUUAGCUUGAGGCCAGGGCCGAUAGACGCGAUACAGGCAGCGAUUGGCUCGAAAACUCCCACACCGGCAUUCCUUCAUCAUGGCCUUGUUGCGGCUCUGAAUGGUGGCAAUGUCGAGGCCGCUCGCUACCUUUUAGAAAAAGGCGCGCCAAUUGCUCGGCUGGUUGUUCACAAUGUCCUCGCGGCGCCAACUGAUCGCCAGGCCCCUCUUCUUGAUCUGUUGGCAGACCAUAGCUGGAGUCCCAACUCUCCACACUACCAGGGGGCCGUCAUGCUUCCCAGAGUUGUCACAAAUAUCAGCGUCCUUCGAUGGCUUCUAGACCAUGGAGUAAACCCCAAUCACAGUGCUCAGUACAAUCAUCUGACCGGGACUGGUGAGCCUGAAUCAAAUUCAUGUGCCGCGCUCGAGGCAGCCGCCGCGCGAGGGACAGCAGAGGCAGUAAAGAUGCUGUUGGAAGCAGGUGCUGAAAUCGAGAACGGCACACCACUACAUUUUGCCGCGGGAGUAUCUCCGCCGGGAGGAAACCCUCACGCCGGCCGAGUUACGCCAACCAAGGAAUUUGAUGUGGGCAGGAUACCGGUGAUGAGCCUACUCGUUGAGCGAGGCGCCAAGGUUAAUCAAAGAGUCGAAACCCGCUCCAUGGUGCCAGGGUAUCCCAUUGUGCACGCUGUGAUGGCAGGAGCAGUUGAGCGAGUGAGAUGGCUACUGCAACAUGGGGCUGAUCCGCAUCUGAAAGGAAACUUUGGGAGUGCGAUGGAAUAUGCCAAACAUGGAAGCGAGAAAAUGAGAAAGGUUCUCAGGGACGGUGAUACAACAGUACAAAAUAUUGACGAUGAAGAUGGUGGACAGGUAGAGAUUCAAGGAGGUGAAACGAACUAG